AUGUGGACUGACGAUUGGUCCAGACCGUCCACCUGGGUGAUUUGCAGCGGAGUAAUGAAGAUCGUUUGGGUCUUUGGAUUCUCUCCAACCUUCUGCAGAAUCAGCUUCAAGGCCAGCCUUCUGUUCACCUGGUCCAUAAACACAUCAAACUCGUCCAAGCCACGGACUUUGGACUGCAUCGGCUUCCAAAUGGCCAGCAAAAACGCAAUCUGCGCAAACGACUUCUCUCCACCGGAAAAGGACUCCACGUUCCUUAAUCGCUCGCUAGGCUUUGUAGAGACUCUCAGCACCAGCCGCGCUUUGGCAAAGUCGAAGUCGAUCUUUCCAGUGAAUCCUCGCAACCGGAGAGCAGACUCGAAAACACUGUUCACCUCCUGGAUCAGCAAACUGGCAGUAGCAGUAAGGUUCUCAAGCCGCGCCUGUAGAGAGGAGGCCAAGUGGUUGUGCAACUUGACAGACUCAUCGUACUUUUUCUUGAUGUCGUUGUAA